AUGGGCGAGUGCAACGAACAGGAUAUACAGACAUGCAAACAACAGCCGGACUAUUCGGCGGUGUUCAAAAUGGUUCUCAAGGAUUCGGUGGCGUUGGAUCAGCUGCCCAAAGAUGUACUGGAGCAACCGAAGUGGUGCCUGGACCUACUGACAUGCCAAGCGGUGAAACUGGCCGUCUCGUACGAACCGUAUAUUCCAGGGUCGCUCACGGCACCUGCUGUCCGAGGCACUCAGUACAUGGUACAUAAAAAAGGGCAAUAUGCAGCCCCAAACGCAGUAAACGGCUUGGCCAAUACCGGGUCAAAAAAGUCCAAAAAGGCUUCAAAUCGGGCACAGGGAAUCCUGGAAGAUGCAGUGGGUCCGUCGGAACUCUAUAACAAUCAUUCAGGUUCGCAACACAGAGACAGCAUCCUACCGCGCUCAAGCAGCGAUUCAAUCCACAGCAACGGCAGUAACCAUGGCAACAGUGCUGGUCAGCCUGGCGAUGAUCGGAGGAGCAUUCUUUUAACCAGCGUUACACAGGCAAACACACGCAAAGCAAGCUCAGCGGAUAGGAAUACAGUUUCUUUCAGGUACGGUUCGAAGAGUCCCAGCCCCAGGCACGCACGCAGUAUACCCCAUACGAAGCCAGAUGAGACGAACGGGGGCGGUGGGGGGAGCAGCACAAGCACACAGAGAGGGUCAACUGAACGACCACGUACAGACACCACGGGCACUGGCGUGGGCAUGUGUACUACUAGCACAGACACCGGCACAGGCACAAGCACAAAUACAGAUGCACCCGCCGCUACACCCACAGCGGCGAAUGUAAAUGCACAUACAAGCACGGAUAGAGUCCCAGGCCAGGGCUCCGGUGCUGCUGUGGUCAGGCGCGGCGAUGAGGGAGGUAGCGGCGACGGGGAGGAUAAUAUGAACUUUCUGGAGGGGAGUCCACCCACAUUGGUGCCUUCUGAUCCAAAAGCAGGCACGAAAACGAAAACACAAGCAAAAUCAGGUCGGAAAAAGGGAUCCGCUGGGGAUGUGGAGGCUGUAGGUCAGGACACUGAGAGCUUGCGCGGGUAUAGGGAUUCACAAUCUAGUAGUAGACGGAGUAUAGAAGCCAGUGCGGAUGGCCCCCAGUCUCACCAGCACGAGGACGAUGCUAACAAGUUCGAACUCAGUCACUGCAACCCGGCCAAGCCCAACACCACCCACACCACACGCGUCCCGGGUGCACAAACAGACGCGCAUACGGGUACGCGUUACGUUACUAUAGAGGGCAAUGGCAGCCACUCCGAACAGGAAGAUGGGCUGGGGGUGCUGGGAUCGUCUCUGCCCAUUGACAUCCCCAUACGUGCCACCGUGCAGCCGUCGUUUGAGACUCCGCGGGUGGAUGAAGACAACGACAGACAAAAGCCAACGGACAUUGCGCGGUCUAUGCACGCCUUAGUGGCCAUGAACAACCAGAUGUAUGGACAUCUACCUAGCAGGAGCAGGAAAUACUCUGUUUUAUAAGCGUCACCUGAGGCCCACAAUUAAUCUUUUAACCGUAAGCUGUCAAUUCAAAACACCAAGAAGUCUCGAACCAUUCUUUGGCUCUGGUCGACGGGGUACGCCCAGAUCCAUAAUACUAGCUAGACUUCCGACAGGUGCGAAUUAGGCUUGCCAUGGUGCAGCGAUGGCCUAUAAUGUGCAUUAGAAUCCUGGACAUGAUCAAUGCCCAAAAAUAUACAAAUACGUGCAGGAUGCAGGACAGGUGCAGGAGACAGGGGGACAUCCCAAAGGUGCCAAUAGGAGGGUGUGCCACACAUCAUGGACAAUUGGUCAUGACAGUAUAUAUUUUUUGGAUCAGGAUCAGGAUAGUGGCACGAUAUAAAUCCCGGCCGCCCAUUGUAAUACCCUUUUUUGGCCGUUGCUUAACGAGUACGAAGUCAUAUGCUUCGUUGUUUGGCACCAAAUAUCCACACGGCCACCUACACCCGACGAAAGAUGAUGCAAGAGCCAUGCUUCACUCUCUUUAGAGCAGGGCCUGAUGGGCAGUUCUGUACCCGAAUAUGGGCUGCACUGUGGUCUGUCCCCAGGAUAUUUGAGUCCGGUCGUGACCCGUGCAUGGGUCCCUUUCAAGGGUUUUUAGGGUUUAGGGUUUAGGGUGUCCCUUUCAAGAGGCUGUCACAUGAGGUUGGGUUCUGAGACCAUGUGCAACCGUCCGCUCCGACUGUUCAGGCGUGUGCGUGCCAUGUACUUUGUCUUUUCGAGAUAGUUAAGACCGCACGCUGGUACUGGCCUGCCCAGGACAGUAAGCACCUGCACACACCCAGCUACAGUUUCAAUCCAAUUAGCACAGCCAUACUAGUGUUUACGACAGACCAAUUAGUUAUGCUAUAGCGGCCGGACGAGUGUAUUUCCUUACGCUCGAUUAAUUUAGGAUAUGUCACAACUCGUGCAACGAGUUUCCCAUAGCUCAAUAAACGAGGUUUAAAGCCCUA